GUGACGUUUUGACGUAGGCUGUUAAUGAACUUCCGGUUUGGAUGUUAAAAGAACGUCCGGGUCGUUUUGGCUGCUCGUCGUUCAUAAACUACAGAAACGUUUGUUUCCCAUGAGCAGUCCGGUUUAAGUCGUUGCCGACGGGCUGAGAGCAGACACAUCAGAAGGUUUCCUCCGUGAAGAAUCAACUCUGGUGGAUUUGUCGUCUAAGAUGAACAUUGGCUCUAAGAAUAAGAAACGUGUGGUUCUGCUCAGCCGCCCAGAACUUCCUAAUGUGGACCAGAUCCUGGAGGACAUCAGCAAGGCUGCUCCUGAUGAUCCGGUCUUCAACGUCCUGGAGAAAACUGGGAAAGAAUGGUCCCUCCUUGCAGACAGUGAGGUGGAGCACCGGUUCCUGCAGUGUCGCCGGUACCUGGAGCUGAAUGAGCGGCUGCGGGAGGCUCAAGGCCAGCUCCAGCGGCAGUGGGAAGAGCUACUGGCUGUGGGAGAGCAGCUGGACAGAAAAGUGGAAGAGAUCAAAGGUCAACUUCUCUGACUCUACACCAUUUCUGCUUGGGACACUUUCUCUGAACUCUGACUGGUCCAAGUGCCUUUGAGCCAGACAGCAGUGGCGCCACAGUGCUGGAUGAGUUUUGAACUCUCAAAUGGGCCGGGCUCUGCCGACCUCGUAUCUGCCUCGCAGUAAAAGCUGCAGAAAGUCUUCUUUUGAAAGGAUAACAGCCGUUUGGCUCACAGUGAAGGAAACGCAACGAUGAGUCACAUGAAAAGUAAAUCUGAGAAGAAAGGAGAGUAAAUCAGGAGAAACGGACAGAAAUGAACAAAUGCACAACUUUAAUGUUUGUAAUAAAAGUAAGUUCAUCUGGAAAAGCAAAGCUGACCGGGGAAAAGUAAAUAUUAAAAUGAUCGUAAGCAUUU